AAUAAUUGACAGAAAAAAGUAUAAAAUAGAAGUAUGCCACCAAAAAAAAAGGAAGGAGAAGUGGAUAAACCUCCUUUAAUUGGGCGAAUUGGAACUAAUUUAAAAGUUGGAAUUGUUGGAUUACCAAAUGUAGGAAAAUCAACAUUCUUUAAUGUUUUAACUGCCAGUCAAGUUGCUGCUGAGAAUUUUCCAUUCUGCACCAUUGAUCCUAAUGAAAAUAAAGUACCUGUUCCGGAUGAAAGAUUUGAUUACCUUUGUGAAUAUUUUCAACCUGCAAGCAAAGUUCCAGCCUUUCUUAACGUAGUGGAUAUUGCUGGAUUAGUAAAAGGAGCAAGUGAAGGCCAAGGGCUGGGCAACGCUUUCUUGUCACACAUCAAAGCUUGUGAUGCUAUUUUCCACAUGUGCCGUGUUUUUGAAGACGACAAUGUUUCCCACGUGGAAGGAGACGUUAAUCCGGUGAGAGACAUUAAUAUUAUUAACGAGGAACUUCGCUUAAAAGACGAAGAAUAUUUAGUGGCUCUAAUAGAAAAAAUGGAAAGAACGGUAUUAAGAGGUGGAGACAAAAAAAGUAAACCUGAAUAUGAUAUACUAUGUAAAAUAAGGAAUCAUGUCGUAGAAGAAAAGAAACACGUACGUUUCGGAGAUUGGAACGCAAAUGAGAUUGAGGUGUUAAACAAGCAUUUGCUUCUCACUUCAAAACCUAUGAUCUAUCUCAUAAAUAUGACCGAAAAAGAUUAUCUCAAGAAAAAAAAUAAGUGGUUAACAAAAAUUAAAGCCUGGGUUGAUGGCAAUGAUGCGGGUGCAUCCGUAAUCCCUUUUAGUGCUGGAUUGGAAUUACGGCUAACAGAAAUGAAUAAAGACGAGAAAAAGAGCUUUUUGGAAGAAAACAAAACUCACAGUAUGUUGGACAAGAUAAUCACAACGGGCUACAAAGCGUUGCAUUUGAUUUACUUCUUUACCUGUGGCAAAGACGAAGUCAAAGCGUGGACCAUACAGAAAGGAACGAAGGCGCCUCAGGCGGGCGGAAAAAUUCACACCGACUUUGAAAAAGGCUUCAUUAUGGCAGAAGUGAUGAAAUACGAGGAUUUUAAAGAGGAAGGCUCGGAAGCGGCAGUAAAGGCAGCGGGAAAAUACCGACAGCAAGGACGUAACUACGUGGUGGAAGACGGAGACAUCAUCCUUUUCAAAUUCAAUGCCGGAGCUGGCCUACAGUCCAAAAAGAAGUAGACUUGUAUAAACUGCAAUCUCCUUUUUUCGUACCACGCAGAUCACUCACGGAGGCUGCUUUGUUAAAUAUAUUUAUGUUUAAAGUUGGAAUAAAUGACUUGAAAUGA